AUGUUUAUUUCUCUGUUACUGAUCGCUUUAUGCGGCUGCAAUUCCGUGCACGCCCUAUCCUUGGAUCCUACUGGUCAUGAUGGACUUGCAGGUGAUAUAAAUAUAAGUCCAGAUGUCAGGUCGGAGAAGCAAUCGCUUGCUGAGAGCGUUUUAGAUAUAGGUCCGAAUACACAAGGAGGUAAACACUGCACUGCAACAACAUGUUGUCCUUUUUAUAUGUUCUGUUGUAAUAAUAACAUGAGCUGCUGUAAAAUCUAUCGCAAAACAAUACCAGCUUCGGCGAGUUAUUGCUGA